ACACACAGUAGUUGUGGCGAAAGCAGGAGAAACCUUUUCCGCACGCGCGCGCCCAACUGUUGCGCUACACGGACAACUACGGCAGAAAAAACAACGUUAUAAUUAUCUGACAGCAACUUCCUCACACUCUACGGGGAAUUAUUCGCUCGUGUUUCUGCAAUGGCUGAUACACAAAGCAACGAGCAAUCCUCGUCUGACGUUGCAAAUCGAUUUGCCCGUAAAGGUGCUUUGAGGCAGAAAAACGUCCAUGAAGUGAAAAACCAUAAAUUCACCGCGAGGUUUUUCAAGCAGCCGACUUUCUGCAGUCAUUGCACUGACUUCAUUUGGGGGUUUGGAAAGCAAGGAUUUCAGUGCCAAGUGUGCUGUUUUGUUGUCCAUAAACGUUGCCAUGAACUUGUCACAUUCUCAUGCCCUGGAGCAGAUAAAGGGCCAGAUACAGAUGAUCCUAGGAGCAAGCACAAAUUUAAGAUCCACACUUAUGGCAGUCCCACAUUCUGUGACCACUGUGGGUCUCUUCUAUAUGGACUCAUACACCAAGGAAUGAAAUGUGACUCCUGUGAUAUGAAUGUCCAUAAGCAGUGUGUGAUGAAUGUGCCAAGCCUUUGUGGAACGGACCACACAGAGAGACGGGGACGCCUUUACAUGAAGAUUGAGGUGAUUGGCGACAAAAUGCAUGUCACAGUUGGUGAAGGCAAGAACUUGAUUCCGAUGGACCCAAAUGGAUUGUCUGAUCCAUAUGUAAAACUCAAGUUGAUUCCAGACCCUAAAAAUGAGACUAAACAGAAAACAAAAACCAUUCGCUCCUCCCUGAAUCCAACUUGGAACGAAACGUUUACAUUUAAGCUGAAGCCAGCAGAUAAGGACCGCCGACUGGCUGUGGAGGUAUGGGACUGGGACAGAACCACCCGCAAUGACUUCAUGGGCUCAAUGUCUUUUGGUGUGUCGGAGCUCAUGAAGUCCCCAGUAUGUGGCUGGUACAAAAUGUUAAACCAGGAGGAGGGGGAGUACUAUAAUGUGCCCAUUCCAGAUGAAGAUGACCCCGAUACUGAACUCCGACAGAAAUUUGAGAUAGCCAAAUUGGGUCCUCCCAAAAAAAACAUUACCGCUUUGGAUGACAGUGGGUCCAGCAUAACUUCCAGCAAUGUGGACAAUGUCAGGCUCUCAGAUUUUAAUUUCCUGGCAGUACUUGGAAAAGGCAGCUUUGGAAAGGUCAUGCUGGCAGAGAUGAAGUCUUCUGAUGAACUAUUUGCUAUAAAAAUCCUGAAGAAGGAUGUGGUCAUCCAGGAUGACGAUGUUGAAUGCACCAUGGUGGAGAAGCGAGUUCUGGCUCAGCAGGACAAGCCUCCAUUCCUCACCCAGCUUCAUUCCUGCUUCCAGACUGUGGAUCGCCUGUAUUUUGUGAUGGAGUAUGUUAAUGGUGGUGAUCUUAUGUAUCACAUCCAGCAAGUAGGCAAAUUUAAGGAGCCCCAGGCUGUGUUCUAUGCUGCAGAGAUUGCUGUUGGGCUCUUCUUCUUGCACAAGAAAGGAAUUAUAUACAGAGACCUAAAAUUAGAUAAUGUUAUGCUGGACGCAGAGGGUCAUAUUAAGAUUGCUGACUUUGGUAUGUGCAAGGAGAACAUUGUGGAGGGUGUGACCACCCGUACAUUUUGUGGAACGCCAGACUACAUCGCUCCAGAGAUAAUAGCAUAUCAGCCAUAUGGUCGCUCUGUGGACUGGUGGGCUUAUGGAGUCCUUCUGUAUGAGAUGCUGGCUGGACAACCUCCAUUUGAUGGUGAGGAUGAAGAUGAACUUUUCCAGUCUAUUAUGGAACACAAUGUCUCCUACUCUAAAACCUUGUCCAAAGAAGCAGUUUCCAUCUGCAAAGGGCUGAUGACCAAACACCCUUCAAAACGCCUGGGCUGUGGUCAAGAGGGUGAGAGAGAUAUUAGGGAACAUGCUUUCUUCCGUCGCAUUGACUGGGAUCGCCUGGCAAACAGAGAAGUACAGCCUCCAUUCAAACCCAAAGUG